UUCUUGGAGCCUUGACGGAAUCUGGGCGUUGACCUCUAACCUCUAAUCAGAGUCUAGCCCCCAAUCCUCUCCUCCUAUCCAGUGUCAUCUCUUGUUUGCUCAAGCUCUCUCCAGCAUGGUGGAAGCUGCUGCUAUUGCUUUUGCCAAGAGCUCAGCCGUUUUUGUUGGGAAGAAAGUUGCAGAGACAGUGAUCAGUUAUGUUGUGAACAAAGCCCUUGAUCGCCUUCCGCUGGAGAAUGAGGAUUUGAAGACUAAGUUGAAGAGUAAGCUCUCCAAAACUCAAGCAAUGUUAUAUGGCAUUACUCUGCAGGAGAUCCAGGACAACCAAGGGUUGGUUGAAUGGCUUUGGCAGUUCCGCGAUGCCAUACAGGAGGCCGAGGAUGCACUUGAUGAGCUUGACUUCUUUGACUUGGAGAAGGUGUGCAAUCGGAAGGCAGAAUCUUCAUCAUCCUUGGUCCCUAAAUUCAUGAGAUUGCAGCUGUCUGUAAGUUCUAAUAACUCCAACAGCAGUAGAAAGAAUCUCAAGAAUGCUCUGAUGAGGUUAGAAUCUGUCUUUGAUGAUGCUGCAAAUUUCCGAGUGGUAACUGGGCAUGGACUUCACACUUCCCCUCAACGUAAUGAAGGGCGCAUACAAGAUACGACCAACCGAAAUGAGACAACGAGAGUGUUAGCAACACCUGUAUUUGGAAGGCAGAAGGAAAAAGAUGAGAUAAUUGAAUGGCUGGGUGUUGAGGCUCCAGGGAGAGAUAGCAAACUCUCAGUGUGUGCAAUAGUGGGUGGGGGUGGUAUGGGGAAAACAUCUCUUGCUCAGCUUGUCUGUCAAGAUAAGAAGGUUCAGGAUCAUUUCGGCGACAUGAUUAUCUGGGUGCAUGUUCCCAAGCGCUUUGAACCUGUAGUGUUGGUGGCAAGAAUGUUGGAAUCCAUUAACAGGAACAGAGUUACUGCAUCUUCUUUGGACAUACUGCAAUUAGAUCUCACUAAAGAGUUGGUUACUAAGAGAUUUUUACUGGUUCUGGAUGAUGCAUGGGAGGAUGGGGAAAAUGAGCUAUGGGGGCAAUUUUUAUCUCCCCUGAGGAACAUUAUUGCACCAAUGGGAGGUAGAAUCUUGCUCACGACCCGAAUGGGGUCAGUGGCUGAUGCUGUUAAACGCCAAAUGCCAUCAAAUGAAUAUAAAUGUGUUGUACUGGGGGGUUUAGAUCACAGAGAUAUUAUGCAGAUCUUGAACCAUCAUGUGCCUCCUAAUGAAGAUUUGGAACUUCGAAGUGUAGCUGAAUGGAUUGUACACAACCUCGAAGGAUGUCCUUUUGUAGCAAAAGUGAUUGGUCAGUACCUCAGAGACAACACUGAUCAUAGCAAUUGGAAUGACUUCUUAAAUAAAAAAAGUAUGUCAUUUAGACGAUAUUGCACCUAGGGUUAUGGAGAUGCUCAGGUUGAGCUAUGAAGAUCUAACCUCAGAGGUGCAGCUUUGCUUUCAGUACUGCAGCAUAUUUCCAUCCCAUUACAAAUUCAGGAUGGAAGAGCUUACCGAGAUGUGGGUGAGUUCAGGAUUGAUACUGCAAAGCACAAAGGGGAAUAGUGGCCAGGAGAAAAUUGCUCGGGAACACUUCAAUAGUGGCUCGGGAACAUUGGGGGACCUGACGGUGAUGGAUUGCCUCCUUUCUUGGUUACCUUAGUUGUAAAAGACUGUCUAGAUCUGUUGAAUCUACCUCAUCUACCUUAUAGUCUAAAGCAUUUGGGGAUAAAUAAAGUUGGAAUACCUUGUCUGCCAGCCAGUAAUCAUAUGGCAUUACAAAACGUUUCUACAGUUGAUCCACAGCUGUGCAGUCUUCAUGUAGAUUCUUGUCCUAAUUUGUGUUCCUUCGGAUCAUGUAUCGUAGAAGAGCAACACUACAAAGCUCUUACUAGCUUGAAAGUCGUCGGCUGCAGCAUGCUCUAGAAGCUCCCAAGUGAAGAACAUUUUAGAAGAAUAUCCACAAUGGAGAGUAUUGAAAUCCUUCAAUGUCAGAGUUUGUCGACCUUGGGUGGCCUAGGAGCACUUGCUUCCUUGAAAAUACUGAAAAUACAGCAGUGCACUCAUCUAACUGCUACAUCUUCAGGUAUUCCGGUAGCACCAGCUAUGCAGUCUUCUCUUGUGCUUGACACCCUUGAAAUUGAUAACCAUCUUUUGCUUCUUCAAAAUCCAUUUAGAAACUUCUGCCUCACUAGAAGACUUGUAUCUAAUGGAUCUGAAAUGCUUGAGUUGCCUCAGGAAUGGUUAUUGCAGAAUAGUUCUCAGUUGGAACAUAUAGAAAUAAACAAUGCAAAUCUGCUCAGAUCACUGCCUUCAACUAUGGACACUCUGCACUCCCUGAGGAGUCUGGUUCUGUGUAAUGCUCCCCUCCUCGAGACACUUCCUGCUAUGCCCCCCAAUCUGUGGGCUCUUCAAAUAAGUGGUUGUUGCACUCGUUUAAAGGUGGGGUGUAAAACCAAUGGUUCUGAAUGGGAGAAGAUUUUGCCAAUCCAUAAAGUUGAUAUAAACUAACAUGUUAUUAGGCAAGAGAAUAUUCCAUCUCACCCCUAGAAGAGAAGAUGGUUCCCAACUCUAGUGGCCUUAUUUGGCAGGCUGGGGUUAGGCAAAAAUCCAGGCCCUUUCCCUAGCCAUGAAGAGGAAAACAAUCCACGAGUGAGGGCGUUCUCGAAUUUCAGAACUUUUGAUGCAUGCUGUGCGCCCUAUCAAAGAUUUGAUAUUACAUUAAUAUUAUAAAGCCAUCAUUUUAACUCUAUACUGAGCAAUUAAACUCAAGUGAGCGAUUUUAUUUUAUUAAAACUAGGAAGGUAGCCCGCGCAUUCGCGCGGGCAUGCAUAUUAGAUUGCGUUAGAAACUUAUAAGAACAGAAUACCAACUGGAUUGUUUGUGUUGUAGGUCAAAAGUAUGAUUUCCAAAAACAUUCUUCAUGAAGCGUCGCGGUUGGCACCUCGCCUCCAUUUGUCAUCUUUGCUCUAGGGAGGAAGUUCUUCAUGAAGCGUCGCGGUUGGCACCUCGCCUCCAUUUGUCAUCUUUGCUCUAGGGAGGAAGUUCUUCAUGAAGCGUCGCGGUUGGCACCUCGCCUCCAUUUGUCAUCUUUACUCUAGGGAGGAAGAGACUUUGCUCACAUCUUUCAAGGUUGUUCUUACACACAAGAAGUGUGGAGUAGUAUCAGAGGGUGGUUAGGGCUUCGUUGCUCAACGCCGAUGGAGAGUCUUCCCUCUUGGUGGUGUGAUGCUCGCAAAGCAAUCAAGAAGCGGGACAGGAGAGCUUUUGAUGAGAGCUUUUGAUGCGGGCAUCAUCUUGGUGACAUGGCUAAUUUGGAAACAGCGCAAUGCUCGUGUCUUUGAGGGGCAUGCAGUGUUGUCGGUGAAUCUUUGUGCCGCAAUCGAGGAUGAGUGGAAAUCGUGGCAAGAAGCGGGCUUGACUUCCUCUCUUUGAGUUGUAAAGUGGAGGCGUGGGUUUUCCCUCGCCGUUGUUGUAUACAUAAGGAUUGUUUUAUUUUGUAGUCUGUGGUUGCACGUCGUUUUCUUGGGUGUGCUAGGUGAUCUGUAAAUUCUUUCCCCCCUCUUAAUAUACUCCGAUCGGUUGUUUUCUGACCCGGCGAAUAUUGCUUAAAUAAUGUUUUCCAAUCUA